AUGUACCAGAAGUCAGAACUCACUGGAGAUCAGAUCCUUCAAAGUGCAGAGAAUCCGUAUGAGUGCAAUGAGUGUGGAAAAGCCUUUCACCAGCAAUUAUCUCUCACUAGGCAACAGAGACUCCACAAAAGGAAAAAAUCUUAUGAAUGUAAGGAGUGUGGAAAAGAGUUUCCUUGCAAGUCAAGCCUAGUCAUACAUCAGAGGAUCCAAACAGGGGAGAAACCUUAUGAAUGCAGGGAGUGUGGAAAAGGUUUUUCUCGUAAGUCAAACAUGAACACACAUCAUAGAUUGCACACUGGGGAAAAACCUUAUGAAUGUAGUGAGUGUGGAAAAGCUUUUAUUCAUAAGUCACUCCUCAUUAGGCAUCAGAAGAUCCACACUGGGGAAAAACCUUAUGAAUGCAGUGAGUGUGGAAAAGCUUUUAUUUCUAAGUCACACCUCAUUAGACAUCAGAGAAUCCACACUGGGGAGAAACGUUAUGAAUGUAGUGAGUGCGGAAAAGCUUUUAUUCAUAAGUCAAGCAUGAUCAUACAUCAGAGAAUCCACACUGGGGAAAAACCUUAUGAAUGUAGUGAGUGUGGAAAAGCUUUUUCUGAUAAGUCAAGCGUUAAGUCACAUCAGAGAAUCCACACUGGGGAAAAACGUUAUGAAUGUAGUGAGUGUGGAAAAGCUUUUAUUCGUAAGACACAUCUCAUUAGUCAUCAGAGAAUCCACACUGGGGAAAAACCUUAUGAAUGUAGUGAGUGUGGAAAUGCUUUUCUUCAUAAGUCAAACAUGAUCAUACAUCAGAGAAUCCACACUGGGGAGAAACCUUAUGAAUGUAGUGAGUGUGGAAAAGCAUUUAUUCGUAAGUCACACCUCAUUACUCAUCAGAGAAUCCACACUGGGGAAAAACCUUAUGAAUGUAGUGAGUGCAGAAAAGCUUUUCCUCGGAAGUCACACCUCAUUAGACAUCAGAGAAUUCACACUGGGAAAAAAAUUUAUGAAUGUAGGGAGUGUGGAAAAGCGUUUUCUCAUAACUCAAACCUAACCAUGUAUCAGAGAAUCCACACUGGGAAAAAAACUUACGAAGGUAGGGAAGGUGGAAUAUAUUUUCCCCAUAAGUCAAGCCUAAUCAUACAUCAGAAGGUUCAUAAAGGAGAAAAACCUUAUGAAUGCAGUGAGUGUGGAAAAGGUUUUUCUCAUAAGCCAUACCUCAUUGCACAUCAGAGAAUCCAUACAGCAGAGAAAACUUAUGAAUGUAAUGAGUGUGGAAAAGCUUUUACUCAGAAGUCAAAUCUCAUUAGACAUCAGAGAAUGCACACUGGGGAAAAACCUUAUGGAUGCAGUGAGUGUGGAAAAGCUUUUACUCAGAAGUCAAAUCUCAUUAGACAUCAGAGAAUGCACACUGGGGAAAAACCUUAUGAAUGUAGUGAGUGUGGAAAAGCUUUUAAUCAGAAGUCAAAUCUCAUUAGACAUCAGAGAAUCCACAGUGGGGAGAAGCCUUAUGAAUGUAGUGUGUGUCUAAAAGCCUUUACUUGCAAUUCAAAUUUUGUUCAGCAUCAGAGAAUGCACACAGGGGAAAAACCUUAUAAAUGUAAUGAGUGUGAGAUGGGUUUUUCUCGUGAGCCACACCUCAUUAGACAUCAGAGAAUCCACAGUAUGGGAAAACCUUAUGAAUGCAAUGAGUGUGUGAAAGCUUUUAAUCAGAAGUCGCACCUCAUUGCACAUCAGAAAAUCCACACUGGGGAAAACCUUAUGAAUAUAUAUUACCAAGAGAUCUACAAAUUAAUUUUUAAGUUCAAUCAGUUGGAUUUGGAAUAUGCCAACUGUCCCAGAUAA